AAAUAGCUGCAGAGGCCAAUAAUGGUAUUUGUGGUGUUGGUGUAUCAUUCAAUGCAAGCAUCGGGGGAAUUCGCAUGUUAGAUGGGGCAGCUACUGACGUCAUAGAGGGAUUAUCGCUUGGUUACCGAGCUGACUACAUCGAUAUUUACACGUGCUGCUGGGGCCCAAAAGACGACGGGAAAAGAUUCGGAAAACCAGGAUUUUUUGCGAGUAGAUCUCUUGAGAUCGGUGCGAAGAAGGGACGUGGUGGCAAAGGUAAUAUCUUCGUCUGGGCGACUGGUAAUGGUGGACUAACAGACGACGACUGUAACUGUGACGGUUAUACGACUAGUAUUUAUACAGUAUCUAUAGGUGCCAUUAGUGACCAUGGACUGUCUACGUACUAUACGGAAACGUGCGCAUCGACUAUUGCGGUUACGUUCUCUGGCGCGUCGCAUCGCGAGGCUGACGAAAAUAAAAUUGUAAGUUGAAUUGAUUCAGUCAGAGAGAUCAGCUAGUCUAAAGUCAA